AUGCUCCAGGUCAAGGCGCCCACGCUGGUGGGCGAGGAGGUGGCGGGGGGUACGCCUCUGGACCUCGUCGCGGUGCUCGACGUCAGCGGGAGCAUGGCGGGGCCCAAGCUAGAGGAGGUGAAGCGCGGCAUGGGGUUCGUCGUCGACAGCCUCGGCCCCCGCGACCGCCUCUGCGUCGUCGCCAUGUCCGACGACGCGCGGCGGGUCGUCCGGCUGACGCGCAUGUCGGGGGACGGUAAGGCCGCGGCCAGGCGCGCCGUGGAGUCCCUCGUCGCGGCCGGCUCGACCAACACCCGUGCCGGUCUCGACAAGGCGGCCAAGGUGAUCAAGGAAAGCCGGAACGAGAACGAUGACGUCGCCGGCCGGCGGCGUCAUCCUCCUCUCAGACGCCUCGACACGAACACGACAGACUACAGCGACCUUGUGCCACCGUAUCUCGUGCUCGACGGCCAGUUGCGGUCCACGCCAGUGCACACGUUCGCGUUCGGCUGGGACCACGACGAGGAGGCCCUGCACGGCAUCUCGGCGGCGACGCGCGGCACGUCCUCCUUCACCGAGAACCACGCGGCCAUCCAGGACGCGCUGGCGCUGUGCGUCGGCGGGCUCCGAUCGGUCACGGCGCAGGAUGUUUUGAUCGAGGUCGAGUGCUGGGACGACGACGGCUUCGCGGCGGUCAAGUCCGGCUGCUACGAGAACAGCAUCAACAGAGACGAGGGGGCCUCGGUCAGCGUCGACGAGCUGUUCGCCGACGAGGAGAGGCGCUUCCUCUUCUUCUUGGACGUCCCGAGUAUCGACUACGCCGACUAUUUGGGCACCCGUCUCCUCAAGGUUCGCUGCCAUUACGUGGACAUAGCGACCGCGCAGGAUGUUUCCGUGGAUUCGGCAUACGCCAGGGUGAAAAGGCCCGUCGACGCUGCGCCGGUGGCGCCGUCGAUGGAGGUCGAGUGGGAGCUCCUCCGCGUGAAGGCGGUGGUGUUAGAUACAAUUUUGGAUCCCUAG